ACAUCAAAGAAACAUUCCAGUGUCAAGAUGAGUUACCCAGGAUACCCCCCUGCAGGUGGAAGCUACCCGCCCGGAUCAGAACCAUAUCAGCAAGCGCCCGGGGGUACAUGCCCGCCCCAGCCAGGUGCCUAUCCGCCCCAGGGAGGGUAUUAUCCACCUCAACCAGGGGCGUAUCCCCCCGGAGCAGGUUACCCACCCCAGGCGGGGGGAUAUCCUCCUCAGGCUGGUGGUUACACGGCUGCCCCCGGAGGAGGGUUCCCACCGCAGGCAGGGGGUUACCCUGCCACCCAGCCCGGAGGGUACCCGACCAUGCCUGCUGCUGGUGGGUGGGACACCCAGCCUGGCUUUGGAGCUUCUGGAGGUGGGAUGCCUCAGGGGUACCCUGGAGGUCCGGCCCCGGGACAACAGCCCAUGCCAGCAUACCCAGGUGCUCCGGCUCCAAACCCAUCAAUGCCCGGGUACGGAGGGUGUGUGCCAGCUGGACCAACACCACCUAAUGUUCCUGCAGUCAAUAAGGGUUAUCGUGGUUCCCUUAAGGACUUUCCUGGUGCGGAUCCACUCAGAGAUGUUGAAGUCUUGAGGAAAUCCAUGAAGGGCUUUGGAACUGACGAAAACACCAUUAUUGAGCUUCUCGGCAGUCGCACUAACAAGCAGCGUGUGCCGAUGGUCGCGGCAUACAAAACCACAUAUGGCAAAGAUCUGAUUAAUGAUCUGAAGUCAGAGCUGACCGGGAACUUUGAAAGUUUGGUUCUGGCCAUGAUGGAGAGUCCUGCACGGUUUGAUGCCUCUGAACUGAAGCAGGCCAUAUCAGGUGCAGGAACAGACGAGGCCUGUCUCAUAGAGAUUCUGUCGUCUCGUAAUAAUGCUGAAAUUCAGGAGAUCAAUAAAGUGUAUAAGGCAGAGUACAAGAAAUCUCUCGAGGACUCCAUCAGCAGUGACACAUCUGGACAUUUCCGUCGUCUGCUCAUCUCCCUGUCUCAGGGUAAUCGAGAUGAGCGAGAGACUGUGGAUAUUUCUCUGGCCAAACAAGACGCCCAGAAACUGUACGCUGCAGGAGAGAAUAAAGUUGGCACGGACGAGUCCCAGUUUAAUGCUGUUCUGUGCGCUCGCAGUAAACCUCAUCUCAGACAAGUCUUCCAUGAGUACCAGCAGAUGUGUGGCCGGGAAAUUGAGAAGAGCAUCUGUAGAGAGAUGUCUGGAGACGUGGAGUCUGGCAUGGUGGCAGUGGUGAAGUGUAUCAAAAACACUCCUGCCUACUUUGCCGAACGGCUUCACAAGGCCAUGCAGGGUGCAGGCACUAAAGACCGGACUCUCAUCCGCAUCAUGGUGUCUCGUUCUGAGGUGGACAUGCUGGAUAUUAGACAGGAAUAUUUACAGCAGUACGGAAAAUCUCUGUACACCCACAUCUCUGGUGACACAUCUGGUGAUUAUAAGAAGCUACUCCUGAAGUUGUGCGGUGGAAGUGACUGAAGAAACAGGAAGUUGGAUGUGUAACCAUGACGAUCGAAAAUGUGGCGUCGUCAUAUAAAUCUCGCACAUACAGUACUGUGCAAAUGUUUUAAGCACUUAAGUUGUUUCACAAAAACAUUUGUCUUAAGAUGGUUAUUUAUAUCUUCAGCUUUAGUGUGUCAAUAGGAAAUAUAAAUGUUAGACUCCCAAACAUUCCUUUUGCAAAUAGAAAAGAUUAGAAAAGAAGAACAGGGAGCCCUGCAACAGAUGUCAUGGCCCCCACAAAGCCCCCCACUGAACAUCGAGUCAGUGUGAGAUUACAUAAAGAGACAGAAGCAAUUGAGACAGUCUAAAUAGAUAGAAGAACUGUGGUGAAUUCUCCAAGAAGCUUGAAACAUCCUAUCUGCCAACAACCAAGAAAAACACCUGUGUCCAGGUGUAUCUAGGAGAAUUGGGGCUGUUUUAAAGGCAAAGGUGGUCACACUGAGUACUGAUUUAGCUUUUUUAUGUUUACUGGACUUUGUAUGACGUUAAUUGAUAAAUGGAAACUAUUUAUGACAUUAUUUAUGAAGACAUCCUCACUAUGCAACAUUUUUCACAAGUGCCUAAAACUUUUGUACAGUACUGUUUAUCAAUAGUCAAAUAAUCUCACUGUAGUGUCAUCUUAACUAAUUGUACUCUCAAAUUAUCAUUUCAUUUGUGCCUUAGUGACUUUGAUUAUUUUGUUGUUAAUUUGGUGUUUAAUCAGACUAUGCAUGAUGUCUAGAUAAUAUAUAUUUUAUACCAGUUUUUGCAUAAAUAUAAAUGCACAUUUUCUUAAUUAGCUGAUGCCAAAUAUGUGAUCAGAACUAUGUUGAAGUUGAAUAAUAAUCUCUCAACCAAAAAUACAAUCCGUUCUCCAUUUUAACAUAAUCAUCCAAAUUCUUAAUGCCCUAAAGUGCUGAAAUGAAUGCCAUAAUAUAUGCCAUAGUUUUUAUAGUGAGCUUUAUGAUCUCUAUGUAUGAAGAGUUUCGUAAAGAAAACUUAAUUAUAUCAAGGUUUCAUUAGGUGGAAUCAACCCGAAAACAUCGUCAUAUUUCACCCCAAAAUCAAACGCAAAAAAAAUAACAAAUUAAAUAAAUGGAGCUUAUUUUAGGACCAUUAAGACUUUGUUUCAUUGUAGCAUUAAGUUUGAAAUUUUUCCUCCCAAAAUUCUCAUUACUGCAAUACCGUCCGCUCGUUCGACUUUUCAAUGUUUCAUAUUUCAUUCUAUUUACUGUAACACUGUAAAACACAGUACUACAAUCAAUCAGCAAAUGCUACAAUGAUGUAUAAAAAUGUUACAAUUUUGGUCAUAUUUUUUUUCACAGUACCGUAAUGAGAAUGAGAUCCUUUCAGGAAAAUAUUUUAAUAUUUAUAAUAUAUAGUCACAAUGCCAAAAGUCUUAAUGGUCCUAUAAUAGGCCUUAUUUUCUUUAUGCUACAUUUCUUAUUUUUCUUAUUUUUGAUUUUGUGGUGAAAUAUGACUCACUUUGUUAAGUGUCAUGCAUGACUAGUGUAAAUGUUUAUUAUUGUGCCAGUAGAGGGCUGCUAAGCAGAAGUUUGAGAGAAUAUUCUAACCUUUAUGUCUUGUGCUGUAUAUUAACUGUGUAGACUAAUCUUUAUCAUGGAUUUACUGACCUGUGGUUGCCAAUGUGUUCAUGGAAUCAACUAAUGUCUGUUACUUAACACACACAUGUGAGGAUGUUAUUGUUGUGCCUGUUAAAUCCGCAUCUGGAA